CCCCAUCUUCCUCCACUUCUCUUUCCCUCUCCUGCUGUUUCCUUCUCUCUCUCUCUCUCUCUAUGUACAUUUCUUCCUUUUCUUUUCCUUUUCAAUUUCCACGGGAGUUAUGGGCCAUUGAUAACAAGGAGUACAGGUUCGAAGAAUACUAGCUCUUCCUGUUUCUCGGGAAGAGGCCACGGACGAGUGCAGUGAGCAUGACCGACGUGACCUUCGAUCUCGACACCGUUGAUGCCGCCGAAGCUCCGCCGCCAGAUGUCCGGGAUCUCUUCCACGUUGGCCUAGGAGCCAUAGACCCCCUGGUCGGCAGGCCCUUGCAAGGCCAGAUUUAUGAGACGGGACUCGAUCAGCGGCCGCUGGGGAGUUUUUGGCCGAGGAACAACCACAGGAGACAGUCAGCGGAUUGCAUGGAGACGGACCACUUCCUGCGGUCUUGCCGGUUGUGCAUGCGUCGGUUGGUCCCCGGCCGCGAUAUUUAUAUGUACAGAGGCGACGGUGCAUUUUGCAGCGAAGAGUGCCGGCAGCAGCAGAUGAACGACGACGAGAGGAAAGAGAAAUGCUCAUUAGCUUCCAAGAAGAAAGAUGACUCUUCCUUUGCCGUCAAACCUAAACCAUCCGCGGCUGGAGAGACCGUUGCGGCGGCCAUGUAGCCACAGCUAGCCAAGCCCUAGCCCUCAAGGCUGUUAAUCUUAAUAAUAUGAUCAGCCGCAUGAAUAUUAUUGUUGUAGUGGGUCCAUUUUUGAAAGUAUUAUUUCAGCGGCAACAGUGGUGACAAUUGGAAAAGUGAAUGAUGACAAUGGUACUUCACUAAAAAAUUAUUUAUCAUAAAAAAAUAUCGUGAUCAAUAUCAA